AUGGCUUCAACCAACGCUCUAUCCUCAACCUCAAUUCUGCGUUCUCCAACCAACAACCAGGCACAAACCAGUCUUAGCAGGAAGGUUAAGCAACAUGGACGGGUCAAUUUCAGGCAGAAACCUAACCGUUUUGUGGUUAAAGCAGCUGCCAAAGAUAUCGCCUUUGACCAACAUUCACGCGCCGCGAUGCAAGCCGGAAUUGAUAAACUUGCUGAUGCUGUUGGUCUCACUCUUGGACCCAGAGGGAGAAAUGUCGUUUUGGAUGAGUUUGGAAGUCCUAAGGUAGUAAACGAUGGUGUGACAAUUGCCAGAGCUAUUGAGCUUCCCGAUCCCAUGGAAAAUGCUGGUGCAGCCCUUAUUAGGGAGGUUGCAAGUAAAACUAAUGACUCUGCUGGUGAUGGGACUACAACGGCUUCGAUUCUUGCUAGGGAAAUUAUUAGGCUUGGACUUCUCAAUGUAACAUCUGGUGCUAAUCCCGUGUCUAUCAAGAAAGGAAUUGAUAAAACGGUGGCGGCUUUGGUUGAAGAGCUUGAGAGGUUGGCUAGGCCUGUUAAAGGUGGAGAUGAUAUAAAAGCUGUUGCUACUAUUUCUGCUGGAAAUGAUGAGUUGAUUGGAAAAAUGAUUGCUGAAGCAAUUGACAAGGUUGGACCUGAUGGUGUUUUAUCCAUCGAGUCUUCCUCCUCGUUUGAGACAACAGUUGAAGUUGAAGAAGGAAUGGAGAUUGACAGAGGUUAUAUCUCCCCUCAGUUUGUUACAAAUCUAGAGAAAUCAAUUGUUGAAUUUGAGAACGCGAGAGUCUUGAUCACCGAUCAGAAGAUUUCAGCAAUCAAAGAUAUAAUUCCUCUGCUGGAGAAAACCACUCAAUUGAGAGCCCCAUUGCUUAUCAUUUCCGAAGAUAUCACUGGUGAGGCUUUGGCGACCCUUGUUGUCAAUAAGCUGCGUGGUAUCCUUAAUGUCGCUGCCAUCAAAGCUCCAGGAUUUGGUGAAAGAAGAAAGGCUCUUCUUCAAGACAUUGCUAUAUUGACAGGUGCUGAGUUCCAAGCCAGUGAUCUUGGCCUUCUUGUUGAAAACACCACAAUUGAACAACUUGGUUUGGCACGGAAAGUGACCAUCUCUAAGGAUUCUACCACUAUUAUUGCCGAUGCUGCAUCAAAGGAUGAGUUGCAAUCCAGGGUUGCACAACUGAAGAAAGAGUUGUCUGAGACAGACUCAAUUUAUGAUUCUGAGAAACUGGCUGAGAGGAUUGCAAAGUUGUCUGGUGGAGUUGCAGUCAUCAAGGUUGGUGCUGCCACAGAGACCGAAUUGGAGGAUCGUAAGCUCCGUAUUGAGGAUGCUAAGAAUGCAACUUUUGCCGCCAUUGAGGAAGGUAUUGUUCCUGGUGGAGGCACUGCAUUGGUUCAUCUAUCUGCUUAUGUCCCAGCAAUUAAGGAGAAGCUUGAAGACGCAGAUGAGAGGCUAGGAGCUGACAUUGUUCAAAAGGCAUUGGUAGCACCUGCAUCAUUGAUUGCUCAAAAUGCAGGAAUAGAGGGUGAAGUAGUUGUGGAGAAAAUUAAGAAUGGUGAAUGGGAGAAUGCUGCUUCAGUAGCAGGGAUGGUCUUAACCACACAAGCCAUCGUCGUCGAAAAGCCCAAGCCCAAAGCACCUGUGGCUGCUGCCCCACAAGGCCUUACUAUUUAA